UUUCCAGGAACCCGUCAGGAAGAAGAUAAACAAAACAAAACAAACCAGAGAGGAAGACGGCGUGGAUUGAGAAGAAUGACAUUAAGUUUUCCUAAAGGCGAAAAAUAUUGGAAUUACAACCAUUUUUCUACCAGUAUAUGGGUAGCUUAAAGACAGCAGUCAAGUGAGGAGGACAACUCGGCCAUACUUAAAUGUGCUGCUAAAUCCUCCAUAUUUAAAACAAGGAUUUUCUCUUUUUUUUAUGCUUAAAAUCAAAUUUCCUCCAGAGAUUGACGAAAAGAUAGGGCGACUGAGACGGGGGAGGUGGCAGAAAAGUUUCCGUCAAGGAACUGAAGAUCUGUGCUCUGCAAUGCCUCUGCCCAGCAUUAGUGGAAUGGACCCUCCCUUUGGGGAUGCCUUUCAAAACCGCUCUUUUACUGACCAGGCGCUGACCAGCACAGACCUGUUGAACAGUUCUGACCCAGAUUUCAUGUAUGAACUGGAUCGGGACAUGACUUGUCGCCAGAGCCCUAGAGGAGAUAUUUUCACAGUUGGAGACUGCAAAGACUUGGACGGCAUGGAUCAUCUACCUGAACUUGUAGAUAACGACCCUGCUUACAGCUCCAACUUUGAGCAGUGGGACACGUACUGGGAGGACUUGACCAAGUACACUCGGCUCACCAGUUGUGAUAUCUGGGGCACCAAGGAAGUGGAUUUCUUGGGCCUUGAUGACUUUUCCAGCCCUUACCAGGAUGAGGAGGUGAUAGGACAGACUCCGACCCUGGCCCAGCUCAACAGUGAGGACUCGCAGCCAGUUUGUGACACUCUUUACCAUCCGGACUUGCUGGUGGGUCAAAAGCAGCUUUUGUUUCCACCUCCCACUGUGGCCAAGAAGACUAACAAACUCAGCCACUCGGCAACCAGCGCCUCAUCAAGUCGCAACCCUCUGCCGGACUUUGCCGAGGGAUCCCAGAAAGCUACUUGGCCUGUUCCCUCCAGCACUGACACAAUGGCCAAGGGGCAGUUUCAGGGCCCUAGCAAAGCCUCGACUGCACCUAUGGACAACAUGGAUUACGUUCGCAAAGCCAAGGUACGCAUCAGCGUACCACGCAAGCCUUUAGUAGAGAGCGCCGCCCAGAUUAGUGUUUCUGCCUCUCCUCUUAUCCAGGAGCACGAGUCUUCUGCUUCGCAGGUCAGCGAGGACCCACCAGUCAUCGCUGAUAACACAGCAUCCUCCAUUAGCUGCGAAAAGAAAGUGGAGACUCCUAAACGAGAGGUACCGACUGUUCCUGGUCCAGAAAUAGGGAACCUGAGGACGGUGCAACACAAAGUCCACUUCACUGCAGCUACCGGCAGUGAAACCUUGCUCACCGUGAGUGCCCUUGGAUCCGACGCUUCUGCCGCUAAAAAAAAGGAGGAGGAAGAGCACAACUACUCGUUAUUCUUAACCAGGGCCAGGCUGGCAGGGAAGGCAACUGCUGACAUGGAAGAAGAGGAAGAAGAAGAGGACGACGAAGGUGAAGAAGAGGAAGAGGAGGAGGAGGCAGAGGGAUUGGAUCUAGAUGAUGAAGACCACGAUGAAGGCUUUGGCAGUGAACAUGAGCUCUCAGAGAAUGAAGAGGAAGAGGAGGAGGAAGAUGAGGACUAUGAGGGCGACAAAGACGACUACGUUAGUGACGCAUUCUCAGAGCCAGGGUGUGACACUGAUAUGGCUGAUGAUGGCAAAGGCCUGACGGCUGGAGUUUCUAGGAAGAGGGGAAAGCGUCGAUACUUCUGGGAGUACAGUGAGCAGCUCAUCCCAUCCAAACAGGAGCGCAUGCUGAAACCCUCCGAAUGGGACAGAGACACACUUCCCAGCAACAUGUAUCAAAAGAAUGGCCUGCACCACGGAAAAUACACACUGAAGAAGUCGAGGCGGACGGAUGUGGAAGAUCUUACUCCAAACCCUCGGAAGCUGCUUCAGAUUGGCAAUGAACUCCGGAAACUCAAUAAAGUUAUUAGUGACCUGACUCCGGUUAGUGAGUUACCCCUAACCGCUCGGCCUCGGUCUCGAAAGGAGAAGAACAAGCUUGCAUCCAGGGCCUGCAGGCUGAAAAAGAAAGCUCAGUAUGAAGCCAACAAAGUCAAGUUAUGGGGGCUUGGAACUGAAUAUGAUCGUUUGCUGUUUGUGAUCAAUGCAAUCAAAGAAGAGAUUGUCAGCAGAGUUCAGGAUAUCUCACAUGACAAAGGAACAAGCAUGACCGAGAAGCUGGAUAAACUCAUUGAGGAUACAUUAGUGCAGCCACCAGUGGCCAGCCAGACUUCAGAUUUUGUGAAUCAGAUCCUGGAGAACACUGGGAAAGGAGAUCCCACUGGAGGGCUGGUGGGAUUGCGUGUGCCCACAUCGAAGGUGUAAAGUCACGCCGAAAGACACCAUGGAGCACACACGGAGCCAUCCGCGCCAUUCUUGUCCCACACUGUAACGGCCCAACACUCUGCAUGCCCAUUUUCACUUGGAGCCGCAUCCUCACAUUUAAAGUGAAUACAUGCAUACGAUACCACUUGUCCGUGCAUACGUAUGUAUAUAUUCACCUCAUGCGCACCAAUGGAAAUCAAACUAGUUGUUAACCUUUGCACUCAAUAGUCUGUUUCCUACCAUGUGUGCAUGUGGCUGGUAUCGAUCAACAGGCCGCCAUGUUGCAAAUAUUAAAAGCCAAUAUACGAGAUACCUCCAACAAAUGAGGAAAAGAGAGAGAAAGAAGCUAAACAAUGAGCACCAGUAGCCAUUUUCCUCUUGCGUCCAGCUAAAUCUGUCAAAUGCCCCUUAAGAGUUUUGGAAAGCAGAGGUGCACUCUGCUGAGAAACUAAGAGGGCAUUCGAUCCUUUGAUUUAAUGGUCAAAAAGGUGUAAAUGCAGACUUUCUGAGUUUUUGAACACGGCAUGUACGAUAGGCCUACUUUAAACACUUAUUCAUCUCUCAACUGAGGGGGUAAGUGUCUGGGGCGGGGGGGGAUUCCUGUUUGAAGCAUUUUUUGAGGAUCAAUUGAGAUACACAUAAAUUACAAGAAGGCAACCACGAAAGAACACAAACACCGAUGUUAAACCAAGAAUAGCGCUAAGUUACUGAUGUUCGGUGUAUAUAUAUAGAACAGGGAUGUUUCAAGAGAGUAGCAGGUGAGGAGACGGGCCUCAGAUGCCCUUUUCCACAGAUUUGCGAUCGUCUCAGGUUGGAAAGAGAGAGAGAGAGUGUGUGUGUGUGUGUGUGUUUUGUUUUUCUUUCCUUGACCUGAGCAGAUGGUCAGUUGAAUCCCUUAUUGUAAAUAGGCAGAUUGGUUUAUUAUUAUCCACUGGUGAAAUCCUUUCCUUUCUACACUUUGAUUGAAGUGCCCUCACGUCAAAUCACCUUUGAUGUUGUUUUGCAAAUUCUCAGCGAAAGGGGCUUAAAAAAACGGAUUCCCAAAUUGGGUUUUGUUUAUAUUUGUACUUUAUACAAGUGAGAUUAAUUGUGCCUUGUAAUUGCGGAGUUGAGGUAAAAUAAACUCAAUAGAGAGCGCAAAUGGACCAUUUUGCAGAAAGCAAGCAGUUGAAGGGGAGUCAGUGGGGGGUGGGGAGGUUUGUAAUGUAUUUCAGCUCUUUAAAGAUACUCUGAAUGUACAUAGGAAUAUGGAAUAUAUAGAUAUAUGCCACAGAGUCUGUGCUUUGUAUCAUAAGAUGGCUCUGGCAAAUAUACUUUUUUCGGUACUUCGUUUAAGAGGGGGUGGGGGGUGGGCAGUGUCGUAAUAUAUGAGAAAUAUUCACAUAUAAAAAACAAAAAAAUGAUAUUUGCACACUAUAUUUUGAUUGUUUUGUUUUUUGUACCAAAGACACAUGCAACUGAAAAUGGCAACUAGCCAGUCUAAGUAAGGUUUUGCACAGCUUACCUGAUACCGUAUUGAAUGUAGGACAAAAACAUAAAAGGUAGGGUCAAGGAUUCUACUGAACUGUGAAAUUUGCUUGGGUCCAAUUCUCUGCAGAAAGAAGCAUUCAUUUGCAUCCUCAUCCAAUUUUGUACUGUUCUUUUUGUUCUCAUAUACAUUUCUUUGACACAUUUGUACCACCAUUCGUUUUCCCUCCACCGAAGUUUUGUUGCGUAUUUAAAUGAUGAGCUAGAAAGUUAAUGGAGAUGCUUCUGUUUUGCCCAUAGAUGAUCAUAAAAAACCAAAAGGUUUACUAUUCUUCCUAUAUAGAAGAUGCCACCUUCUGAAAUGAUACAUUACUUGGCAUUACACACUUUUAUUUUUGUCUUCUUACUCUGAGUAUUGUUGAAAGCAAAAUUUUAUUGCCUAUAUUUUUGUAACGAUUGCCUUUAACUUUCCUUUCUGCACUACCCAUAGAGCCCUCUUGGAAAAUUCGGAAAUGUUUUCGAAAGCACUUAUCUUGCUAUGGGAUUGUAAGUUUAAAAUCCUCUUUUAAAAUUGUAUUUAACACAAUCGUAUGUAUAAAGUAUAUAUACUUAAUCGGCUGAAUCUCACAAUAGAAAGUCCAGGAUUUUUUUAACCCCAGUAUCGAAAAGAACAAAUUUGUAUAUAUAAAUUAUAUUUUGCAUGAUCACAGCGAAGCCUUAAAAUAAAGAUUAAGCACUCCUCACACACUUAAAUUCUCAUUACUGUUAUCCUAACGAUUUAAAAACAGCAUAAAAAAAUCUAAAUUUGAAUUAGUAUAAUUACAUUUACUAGAACACAUUACCUUGUUGUAUACUUUCAAUUGUACUUUACAAUUACGUGCAGUAAACGAGAAUGGCUUUAAUGAGAACUGAAGUGAAAAUGUGCUUAAUAUGGCUUUAUUUUCAUUCUGGAAAAAAAUUUAAAUUCUUCCUGAAUUGUGACCUUGACCGUUCUUGUGAGAUUUCCCUGCCGCCACGAUCUCAAGCUGCUGCAAAUUUGUUCAUUCUGAAAAAUCUCUUCCGGGUGAAAUUAUUCAUAGUUUGCGAAAAGGCCUUUUAAAAGUGACUUUAUUAUUGAUGCUGAAGCUUGUGGAGAAGGUUGUUUCUCAAAUUCCAUUUUGAUCAAAGAAGGGAGAAUAUUUUUUUUUCCUUUAAAAUCUAAACUAAGACUUUUGUAAAGCUAUUUUUCUUUAUUUGCAUUUGGUAGCAUAGUAAAGAUUCUAUAUACCGUCCAUUAUGUGUUGUAACUUCUUUUUUUUUUUUUUGUACAUAGACAUGAAUUUAGAUUUAUUCUAAAUGUGGAAAAUAUAUACAGUAUAUUAUAUAUCAAUAAAUGUAUAGUAAGUUCUAUAUUACAUGUAAGAAAGCAAAAGCACUUUGUCUAGACAAAAAGAAAAAAAAAAAGAAAAAAAGCUUUCCCCCUCCCGUUUGCUGCUAAACCGACCUCGUUUGAAUGCUGCGGUGUGUACUUGACUUUUGCCAUCUUGACCAGGGCAGUGUGACAGAGAGGUCUUGAGUGGAGACAGACAUUUGUACGUGUCUCAUUGAGCAGUGAGGACUCUGACGUCACAAUCUUCAUUUGCCUUCAGUAGACAUUUCCUAUGGAAAAAUACAAAUUCUGCUUUGGAUUUUUCUUCAGGUCGAUGUACAGUGUUGACACAUUCUCUCUAGCCAGAGAUAGGUAUUGUUGUCAUUGAUUUUUUUAAAGUAAUUUUUUGUACUUACUGGGGGAAAUAUGAGUUAUUUGAGAAAGUAGCUCAGAGAGAAAAAAAGAAAAGAAAUAAUAUAUAAAUAUAUAUCGCUGUACUGUAAGGCAGUUCCAUUUGCCAUGGGGAAUCAAUUGGACUAUGUUUUUUGUUUAGUCUUUAAGAACCCAUCCAUUCUCAAAAGACAGCAAAGCAAUUUGUUAUGGCGACAAAGACCAGCCUUUCUUGUGCCAUCUACAGCUCAAAGCUACUCUGAGUGGCAUUAGCUCAAAAUGAUUAUGAUUGUCCUAUAAAUAAUAAGCUUGAUGGCAAGUGACAAUGAGCAUACGGAGAUGGAAAUGUGUGUUGUCCUUCUGUCGACAGCCUGCUGUUUUGAAAGCGUUCGGUAAUUAUCGUAGUGUGCAAGCUCUCGCUUUCAACAUGAUGUUGUGAGCUGUGCAGUUUUAACCAGGGGACUCUGUGGCAUUCAAACAGUUAAGGAAAUGGUUGCUAUUUAAAGCCAGUAUUUUAUCUUUUUUUUUUUUUUUUUUUUUUUGCUGAUCAUGUUUUUAUGUAAAGGAAGACAUUUAAUGCACGUAUAUACACAUGCACACAUUUGUAUAUGUGUGAUUGUUUUGCUUCGUAGUGUGAUUCAAUAGUAACAUCCAUAAGAGGCUGUCACAUAGGAAAUUAAUUGUGGUUAUUUCAUAAUCUUAGGGAAAUUAUUUCUGCCUUCAAAAACAGAUAUAUGCAUCAAAAACAUAAAAAAAAUAUAAUUCAUUAUUUAUAUAGCAUAGUUAUGUUUCUUGCAUAGUCUUGUCAUUUAGCAUCAUAUUACUUUUUGAAAGGGAAAUAAUGUAGCUAUGUGUUUUCAAUUAUUUUGUGUGUUCUUUUAGUUUGCUUUGUCUUUAAAAACCACCCAUAACGUGACAUGCUCAUCUAUCCUGAAAAAAAAGAGUAAGCUAGAUAUUAUAUCCAUUCUUUGAUCGAUUGUUUUUAUUGUCUGCAUAUUGUUGAUGAUUCAAUAAUUUUGGUCGCAAAGCUGCUAAAUCAUGUUGUAAAAUUGUAUAGAGAAUCAAAGAUCAUUCCCUGUUACAUUCAAGCUACAAGCAAUGACUUUUGUAUUGUAAACGAUUAUUUAUCAAGAGAUGGAUCUUGUGCCACUAUCUUUAUACCACGGAUUCAUCAAACACCGUUCGAUCUCGAUGGAUAACUCACGUUGAAUUCUUCUAAAAUGGCUGCAGUAUAUACUCAAGAGCAUUCAAACAAGCAUUUACACCUUUCCUUUUCAAUGGUUUGUUUAGAUAUGUGUUUGCUAUAUACAAGAAAAGAUUACUCCUAUUGGUGCACUAUGCAGGUUUUACUCUGUAGAAAGACAGGAUGUUGCUUUAGUUUACAGCACUUGCUUUUUUGAACUAUUGUAUCUGAUUAAUGGGUAUUGUAAAAGUGGUUAUCGAUGGUAAACAACAUGGUAACUAAAAGCUGAGAAAAAUUUUAAGCAUUUCACAGAAGGCGGCCUGUUUUAUUGUUGCUAAAUAAACAUGCUCUUUCCAAUGUAUUUAACCUAUUGAAUGUUGUAGUUUUGUUUUUGCUUUGUUUUUCUUUCUUUUUUUAAUGGACCUUGAUGAAUAAUUUUACCAUUCUGUGCAUUUUGUUACUCUGUAUCUUGUGUAAUCGUGUUCUUCAGUAGUAGAAUGGCCUUCACGCUUUUAGAUGAUGCCGCUUUACGUUUAGCAGUAGAUCUCAAACGUGCAUUCCUACAUAUCAGCUGCUUGUAAAUGUUCCAUUAACAAAUCUGUAUGCUACACUCGAUCCCUUUAGAUAUGGUAUUUGAAACCAUGGAUCUGUUUGCAUAAUACACGGCAUGACUAUUGUGCAUGCUAACCUUGCUAAAUUGAUAUUCAUGGAGCUUUUGCAACACACGAACUGUCUCGCUGUCUUUAUUCGAACCAAUGAGCACAAGUGGGGAAAAGAAAAGUUGAUACUUUUUGAUGUAAAUGAUCUCUAUUGCACUCCAGCUUUCAUCUGAAAAGACCCACAUUAUUGCACUUGGUUUAACAGAAUUUCCGAUGUUGUUUUUGAAAUGAUGCCUGCAAAAUCAGGUGCCUUAUUCAGACAUGAAAACCCAAACUUGAUCUAUCGACAUUUUCUACAGAAAUGAGAUUUUUGCCCAUUAUGCCAAGAAUAAAAUCACAACUUUCCUCUGAAAUUCUAUAUGUGUAUAUAUAUUUUUAAUUUUGGGGGUUUUGUUUGUUUUUCUGCUGUGUCGAGCAGUAAGCUUGCUUCAGAUGAGAACUGUUGCUGCUUUGCCCUCAUACAGUUUUCAUUGAAAGAUGAAUGUAGUCUUCCUUCAGUGGAGUUCAAUAUAAAAAGACUGUGUCCCAUACAUUUUUGGUUGAGAGACUAUCCAAAGAGUGCUGCAAUCGUAAACUAAUUUUUGAAAUGUUUAUAUCAUCAGUAGAAAUAUAUAUGUAAACCAUGUGAGAUUUCUUCUGUUUAGGUUCUUGGUUGAAAUUGUCUCUGUUUUUGUUUUGACCUUGGUAGAAGCAGGUUAAUCCAUUUGUACGUGAUGCAUUGUAACUUUUAUACGAUCGACGUAUGCAGUGAUGGAUUCCUCCGAAGCCCUCCGAGUGGUAGAAGUUUGCAAAGACAAUGUCAAACCUUGUCAACAUUGUGUCCCUUCACCAAUGCUCAAGAUUAUUGUGCCUCCCGAUUCUUCUGGUUCUACUGUUCCUCAGAUCGCCGGCUAUGACCUGGAGCAGAGUCACUUACCAACAAACUGUAAUGGCCUUCAGCAGUUGUUCUCCAAUCAAGGUUUUCCACGUACACAAAAACGACACAGAGGUGCGCAUUGCUUGGCCUAGAUCGUCCUGUGAUGGAAUUCAGUCGUAGAGGGCGGGAAGUCUCGGUGGACUGGCGAACUGCUGGCAGAUGUCCCCGUUCACACGGUCGGGACGCUUUCCUUGCACUCAACCACUCCCUCAGAGAAAAGUUGAGUCUUCUUUUGGUGGUUGCCGCUGCAUGGCUCCCUUCAUGGCGAUGGGGGGAGGGGGAAAGAAGCUCUUUGUUUUAUUGGGUUCAAAAAAACUUGGACAUUGGGUAGGAGUCCUGUCUCGCCACCCAUGGUGCUGAAUUUCGAAAUAUGUUACUUGAACACCCUCAGUGACAUGAGAGCUGUGACUUGGCCCAAGCUGUCAGGUCCGUGAACUCUUCUCGUUCCGAAAUAAAGAUGCUCUUACGACAUUUGCUUAAGCCACUGCAACACCCGUGCCAAGACCUGACCCCGAACCGGGCGCUCAUUUUGGACUUGGAUCGAACCAGUGGUCGGGCGGGGAAAGGGCCGUGCUAAUGUAGCUGUGAUAGCCUAUGUUGAUUGUCUGUUUGCUUGUAUCUGUAUUUCUUUUUCUGUUGAGGAAGACAUGGAGCGCUAGUAGGGUCACUUGGACUGUUGGACCCAGACCCCUUGCACCGAAGUGCACUGGACACACUCGAAUCACUACUCUACAACCAACGUUACCAAAAAAGAUUGUCAAGGAAUGCUCGCAUACUUUUCUACACUGCAAUGAUUUACAUUCCCUUCCGACCUUUGCCAAAUUUGCAUCCAGCAACUAAAUUGACCUUCAACAUUGGUAGCGGGUUUGCGAAAACAUAACCAGGGCCACCAAAACUCUUUUGUUUCGAUUUCAGUUUGUUUCUUUAGUUUUGAAAAUCCAUACAACUUUCAAUUUACAAGGAUUGACGCAAAAUGUCAAUCUAAAUAAUAAUAAUAAUAAUAAUAAUAAUAAUAAUAAAAAGAUAUAUAUAUAUAUAUAUACAUACACAAUACGUGAACUUGUGCUUCUAAUGUUGUAUGGUAUUCUACUUGAUAAUUUAGCAUGGGAUACUUAAGUAGCUAGUACUGUGUGUGGACUCCCAAAGUGUAAAAUCUUUCACCUUUUUUAUUUAGUAUCUUUUAUUUCGUUUGUUCUAGUCACAGUAGGAAGGCUGUGUUUCAUUGCUAAGUGCUCUGUCAUAGAUCUCUUGGUGAUAUUCUUAAGCAAAACUCUGCAGAAGUGUAUCCUACUGAAACUAACAGUUACUUGAUCCUAUUAGCAAUGUCUAUAUUUGUAGUUCACAUAUAUGCCUGUUCAAAUACAAUAUCUUGACAGUUGUUCUAGUUAUGUUUCAGUGUUGUGCUGGGUUUUGACAUGCAUUGGACAUUUUUCUUUCACUUUUAUUUUCUUUCUGUAUUUUAUUCGGCACAACUAGUUGGAGAACAGCUUGGUUUAUAGUGUACAGAUGUGAAGUAGGCUUAAAAGCAGUUGUGUUUGAUCUUUAAAAUGUGUCUGUUUGUGUUAUUGUGCCUCUUAUUAUUUGAUUUCAUUUUUUUUGUUUUUUUGUAUUAUCCUUAAUUAUGUCACUGCAUUGUAUCAGCCCGGAGUUGGUACCACAAUUUUGCUUGUAACCAUGAUAGUCUAAUUCUGUUAUUGAUUUUACUAUCAAAAUAAACAUUAGAAACUCCAGCA